UUGUUCACGCGAUUAAUAUUUAAUACAAUUUUAAAGAUAAAUAUAUGAAUGUCUCGUGAAUUACUAUUAAUUUUAUUGUAAAUUAGAGAAUAUUUUCUUUGUUAAGUUUUUCUUGAAAGUUAUGUUUCUUUUGAAAGCUAUGACUUAAAUUUAGUGAACAAAAUGAUUAAUCUAAAGACAUUAUUUAGACUAAUACUUGUCUCACAGGAGACAAUGAUUAACUGGUGUAUAACAAUGGGUUUAUUAUUAGCAACUAAAAAGUGUCCCAUUUGUGACAACGAAAUGAAGAUAAUUGUCAAACAAUUAUCGUACCGGUGCCACCAAAAGCAUGGACAACCUCAUGAUUAUAGACUAAGUGCUUUGAAUAAUACGUGGUUUUCUGGAUCAAAGUUUAGCAUUGAAAACAUAAUAAUCUUGACGUACCUGUUUUCGGUCGGCACAACAAAAUAUGAGGACAUUAAACGAGAAACAAGUGAUUUAACUAAAACAACAUCUCAUAACACUAUAAGUGAUUGGCUUAACUUUUGUCGAGAAGUGGUAUUUGAUUGGGUCGAAAAAUAUCAAUCAGUUGAUCUCUUAGGAGGAGAAGGAGUUGUCGUAGAAAUUGACGAAACAAAAGUUGGUAAAAGAAAGUACAAUAGAGGUCGACUAGUUGAUGGGACGUGGAUUUUAGGUUUAGUUGAGAUUCAAAUAGGAGCUAAUUGUCGACGUGGAGGUAGAUUUCGUUUAGAAAUAUGUCCCCUAAAUAAAAGAGAUGCCGACACUCUUUUACCUUUGAUACGUAAGCAUGUAAAAAUUGGGACAACUAUUGUGUCUGACUGUUGGGCUGGAUAUUAUAGACUAACAGACAAUGGUUUUGUCCAUUUUACUGUGAAUCAUUCGAAAGAGUUUGUCAAUUCACAUACCGGUGCAAACACACAGACCAUUGAAUCUCAAUGGAGAGCUAUGAAACGCAAUCUUUUAAGAGGGGGUAUACCACAAGAUAACCUUUAUCUACAUUUAGCCGAAUAUCUUUGGCGCCGACACGUACUUCACAACAAUUUAGAUAAUUUUAUUUUUUUUAUUGAUUGUAUAAAACAAUUAUACAACCCUUUAAUGUAAU